GUAAGAUAAAACUGAAUUAAACAAAACCAAAGUCACAGCACGCUCGGUCAUGUGCGAAGUGUGCAAAACUAACAAGAAGCAACUGAGGAUUCUGAUUGAAUCGAAUCGAAUCGUCCGCCAUUUUGGGUUGUAAAACGAUGUCAACGAUGGACUCGAAACGUAACUGAAAUACGAAAUCUUUAUUCGCGUAUCGUUAAUCCGAACUACAUACAAUCACCACAUUUGGGCAAAAUGUUCUCUCAAAAGAAAUAUUCGUAAACUUGAUUUACAAUUAACGUACGUGUCGUUACGACGGCUUACAGAAUAGUAUCAAUAUAUUUAGAUAGUAAAAUUAUAAAAUUCAUGGCUGCGGCAGUCAACGGUCAGUUGUGUGAACAAACGUUGGAAGGAACAUUAUAUAAGGAAGGAACUAUCCUGGUGAACGAUUUAAUCGGCUACAAAAUAGGGCGCAAUGUGCCACCAGUCAAUGCGACUGCUAAAACGUUGAGAAAACUAUCGGACGAUAUUGAAGAGAGAAACCCCGAUCUCCUCGAACAAUUGUGUUCCAAGUUGAAUUUCACUCAUGAAACAGGGUAUAACUCAUUCAGUGCUAUUGCCAACACCGUGUUCUCAGAUGGUAUCAUCAAUUGGGGAAGGAUAGUUGUGUUGUUGGCAUUCUCCGCAAGAUUAGGCAGGUAUUGCGAAGAAAACAACAUGAGCGAUCAGAUAGAAAGUAUCAGUGGUUGGACCGCACGUUUUCUUACCGACUUAGGCUGGAUUCAAGCCCAAGGAGGCUGGUGAAGAAACUAAAAAAGUUUGAUGUGUGGUAAUUUUACGUUUGAUCGCAAUUACCGUGUGAUAAAGUUUACGUUUAUGAUUUUUGAUAAUAAGGUAAGAUACUUGUUCUUCGACAAAAAUGGGACAGCUUUAGUAAAUGUCGCCUUCGUAUGCGUAAUCAACAGUCUUGCCAUAAGUUAAAUGCCUUCUAGGGAGUUCUGCAUUCAUAUGUUUCCGUUCUGAGUUGAUUAAAGUAGACUUUAGAAGUGUAAUACACGAGCAUCAAAUUUCACGACGGGAGUCAUACUCAAAGGUGCUCGUAAAAUUUUUCUUUUGUAGUUAUCUGAAAGUCAAAGUGUUUUUUUUUAUUUUAAUAUUGUGAAAAUAUUGAAAGACUUUGCCAUUCGUGAGUUGGCAUUCAUGGAAUUUGAUGAAUGCAGAAACUUGAUCGCAAAAAAUUGCAGUUUCUUAAAAUAAAGAGUUACGACGUAGUAUGUGUUUGUGACAUUCUGCGGUAUUCAUUCA